AUGUCUACCCGAACGGACAGACACUUCAUAGUUACAACGUUACAAGUAGAUCACUGGAAUGAGACUUCUCAACAGACCCAAGCUCGCCAAGCCAUUGAUGCCGAGCGUCACGCGGCUCAAAGAGCUGCUGAGUCCUCUCAACAGUCCCAAGCUAGCCAAAUCAUUGAUGCCGAGCGUUACGCGGCUCAAAGAGCUGCUGAGUCCUCUCAACAGUCCCAAGCUAGCCAAAUCAUUGAUGCCGAGCGUCACGCGGCUCAAAGAGCUGCUGAGUCCUCUCAACAGUCCCAAGCUAGCCAAAUCAUUGAUGCCGAGCGUUACGCGGCUCAAAGAGCUGCUGAGUCCUCUCAACAGUCCCAAGCUAGCCAAAUCAUUGAUGCCGAGCGUCACGCGGCUCAAAGAGCUGCUGAGUCCUCUCAACAGUCCCAAGCUAGCCAAAUCAUUGAUGCCGAGCGUCACGCGGAUCAAAGAGCUGCUGAGUCCUCUCAACAGUCCCAAGCUAGCCAAAUCAUUGAUGCCGAGCGUCACGCGGAUCAAAGAGCUGCUGAGACUUGUCAACAGACCCAAGCUCGCCAAAUCUUAGAUGCUGAGUGUCAAGCUUCGUACAUAGCCGCAGAGACCUCCGAAGAAACACGUAGACGACGUUUAAUUAAUGCCGAGCGGCCAGCAGAAAGGAGACGUACGUUUACGAUGAAUACGUGGGAGGCAUUUGCCGAUGCUGCUUUUGAUUAUGAUCCGUUACUUAACUACUUUAAUCAUCGAUUAGUCCUCAUAGGUAGAAUGGGCAAUCAAUGCAGACACUGUGAGGCACUCAAGUGGAAGGAAGAGACCAUAGGUACAUUGUUACGCUUGGACCCACAACAACAGCCAAUACAGAAUGACUUGAGAUUCAGUGGCACAAAAAAUGCCCAGCACCAUGAAAAUACUGAAGAUCUCGAUGUCUGGAGCAGUUUUGGAAUACAGAAGACACUUACGUCCUAUUAUGAGAGAACGGUUAUGAUUAUUCCCAAUAACAGGCAGGACAAAAACACCUCAAUUUACAAACAGAUUGAGCGCAAAAUUGGUACUAGGUACUACUCAUAA